UGGCGUUUUGACGUGAUCUAUGUUUCUCAUUUUUCUGUAUUUGAUUACUGUACCCUGACCAAAGCGGCUAGUAACCACUUUUAAAAUGGCUGCGGGCAGGGAGAAACAGGUAGAGUACUUAUUUAAAGAGGAAGAGAAGUUCUUGCUCGUUUUUUGUUUUGCGUGCUGGCUGUCAUUCUAGGAAUCAGUUAUGCCCUGCUCAAGAUUAGUUUAUAUUUUGUUUCUCUUCCAUUUAAAACGUUGGUGUGCGUUUGUCACUUUAAAUAUUCCACUGUGAAGUUCUUAGUCCUAUUGGUAGUGUUCGUAAGGCGUAUUUCACAGGUGUUGGAGAGCAAGUCUGGUAGUUUAAGAGCGAAAGUGGAGUUUUUCAUAUCUAGGAACUGAACGCUAAGUGUACAAGUGUAACAACUAUGAUUUCUUUUGUUCGGGAAGAAGUAAAACUGGCAUAGUAAGUCGAUGAACUGAGCUUGAGAAAAUGGACCAAAACCAGCAGCAACUUGCUGCCUCCAACCUGUAGCAUCAGUACUGGGAUGAUGGCACAAUAUGAAAAGAAGAAUGGAGGGCAGAGCUUCCAAGGUGCGUCUUUAAAUACAGAGACAGUAAACAAUAAUUCUGGUACCAGUUAUUCUAAAGAUAUGGGUGUAAAACCUGAAACAAGCCUUCACAAUCUUCAUAAUGGUACGUUAAGUUGUCAUUGGUCUCCUACUUCAUAUAUAAUGAAUUCUGCCCCACCCUUUAUCACAGAAGAAGAUGGAAACAGUCUUGAUUCUGAAGAUUCUGGUAUUCCAACAUUGGAGAUAGGAAAUCCAGAGUCUGUGCAGUGCAGUGUCCUGACAGUUAAAGUAAAUCGUAAUGAAGCACUCUUUGUACAGGACAGAGUAUUUCCAGGUUCAAACACACUAUCAUCCUAUACACCGCUUCCCAUCUUGAACUAUGAAUCUGAUAACAGUAUAAGGAAGUCCUCUACUUUCCCAAGGAGUGGUUAUGAUACUGUCAAACUUUACAGCCCGUCUUCUGGUGUUCUGAACAGGAGUGAUGAUAUCUCUGUCUGCAGCGUAUCCAGUCUUAGCACAGAACUGUCUGCUACUAUGUCCGUUAGCAAUGAAGACAUCCUGGAUUUUAUGGUCACAAGUGAAUCAAGUGCCAUUGUGAAUCUUGAGAGUGAUGAGGCACAAUUUUCUGAUGUAACAUUAAAUUCAUCUAAGGAUGCCUGUGACAAGCGGCAACCUGCUCCACUACCUGAAGUGGAGCCAAAGAUGAAGAAACUGGGGCCUUUUGUCAGCUUCCUUAACAGGAAUUUGUUUACGAAGAAGGGGAAGAGCAUACAAUCAGCAGAGGAAAGUGAACCAGGGUGGAAAUUGUUUGGCAAAUUACCUUCUCGAGAUGCUUUACAGGAAGAGCCAAAGCAAAUGCAAAAGGAAUAUGAAGAAAGGACUGGACGAGCUCCAAAGUCUCCAUCUCCUAAGCCUUUUGUGAGGAAAAAUCUUGACUUUGAGCCCCUUUCCACAACUGCUCUCAUUCUAGAGAACAGGCCACCACAUCUUCCAGCUAAGCCAGCAGAUGAAGCUGAGAAACAUAGGCAGGAGUAUGAAGAGAUGGUUGUUCAAGCAAGAAAACGAGAGAUUAAAGAAGCCCAAAAGCGGAAGAAACAAUUGGAAGAGAGGUGCAAACUGGAAGAAAGCAUUGGCAAUGCAGCUGUUGCAUGGAAUAGUGAAAUUCUACCCAACUGGGAAACUAUGUGUAACUCCCGUAAAGUCCGUGACUUGUGGUGGUUAGGAAUUCCUCCAAGUGUAAGAGGAAAAGUAUGGACCUUGGCAAUAGGCAAUGAGUUAAACAUCACUCAUGAACUGUAUGAUAUUUGCUUGGCACGUGCCAAGGAUAAGUGGAAAUCUCUCAGCACUGCAGGACCAGAAGUGGAACAUGACGAAAAAGACACUGGAUCAACUGUGGCAGAUCGAGAAGCAAGUCUAGAACUCAUAAAGCUGGAUAUCUCACGAACAUUUCCAAACCUCUGUAUCUUUCAGCAGGGCGGACCCUAUCAUGAUAUGUUGCAUAGCAUUUUGGGAGCAUACACAUGCUACAGACCUGACGUAGGAUAUGUUCAAGGCAUGUCUUUCAUUGCAGCAGUAUUGAUUCUAAACCUAGAAGCUGCUGAUGCUUUUAUUUCUUUUGCAAACCUCCUGAAUAAACCCUGCCAAAUGGCAUUCUUUCGUGUGGACCAUGGUCUUAUGCUGACUUAUUUUGCAGCAUUUGAAGUUUUCUUUGAAGAAAAUUUGCCUAGGUUGUUUGCACACUUCAAGAAGAAUAAUCUAACCCCUGACAUAUACCUAAUUGAUUGGAUUUUUGCAUUGUAUAGCAAAUCAUUGCCACUGGAUCUGGCAUGUCGAGUAUGGGAUGUGUUCUGUCGUGAUGGAGAAGAAUUUUUAUUCCGUACUGCUUUAGGAAUCUUGAAGCUUUACGAGGACAUUCUGACCAAAAUGGAUUUCAUACACAUUGCACAGUUCUUGACAAAACUGCCAGAGGACAUUACAUCAGAAGAAUUGUUUCAGUCCAUAGCCACAAUUCAGAUGCAGAGCAGGAAUAAGAAAUGGGCUCAGGUCCUGUUUGCAUUGCAAAAAGAUAACAGAGAAACAGAAAAAGGAAGUCCUUCACUCAGGCGCUGAUAGCUUCAAAAGCCAUGAUAUUUGAAGAAUGACUCAUUGACUGCUACAACAGCAAAACAAAUUUGGAUGCUACUGUAAAUUAACUUUUUUUUUUUGCGCAGUUAAGUCUUAACAUCGAGGCUGGCCUUAAAAUAUUUAAAAGUAAACUUUGGUUUUAGCCUUAAACCUGGAACUGUUUUUGUGAAUUAGUACAUGCAGUUGUACACUUAAUAGCACUUUUUUGCACAAAAUUAACAAGUUUUGAGUAUGAUUUUAACCUAAUUUGCUGUCCGCUCCUUAUUGAUUCCUUGUGUUUGCAUGGGUUAUUGCUGGUUGCUUCUCUUUCCUCCCACAUCCCAAAGAUGCGUUAGGUGAAUUUAUGAUCCUCUAAAAUGUCCAUUGGGGGGGGGGGGGGUGUAUUUGUGUAUCAUGUGGCAGGCUAGCAGCCUAUCCAGGAUUAGUCUUUCUGCCUUGUGUCCACGGAGUGUAUUAGUUGUAUAUUAGGGAUUAUAUUACAGAAAAUUUUCGUUUCUUUAAAAUUGUUUUGCUAAUGUUGGUGGGAUGCAGUGUUUGUAAUAUGAAACUUGUUUUCUCUUUCCCGUAGUAUUUCAGAUUUGGAUUGUUCCAGACUUUGGCAUAUUUUGCAUUCCAAAUUAAUAUGCAAGUGUGAAGUCGUCAUUGCCACAUACAUAAAAAUCUGCUGUAACUGUU